AUGUUGAGACCAGAGCAAGUAACAUUUCAUGCUGAAGAUUAUAAUUCGCUACAUAAUACAGAAGGAGAAGAAAAUAAUUUAUCAUCAUCAUUCGACACACUCGUUCAUUAUUCAACAGACUUUAAGAUGAACAACAAUAGAGAACCCCCACAGAAAAUGACAAAUUCAUCAAUUAAACAAUCGUCAUCACUACAAGAAUUAUCUCUGAUUAGCAAUAUUUAUCAGCAAGAAAAUGAAGAUUUAACUCAAGAAACAAAUGUUACAUUACCAACGAUAGCAAAUAUUGAUUUCUCAUCUCCACAGUCUGUCGAUAAUCUUCUUCAAUUAGAUGCCCUAGCUCUACAGCAAAUUGCUAUUGGAUCAAAUCCUGGUCUUCCAGCUGUAGGUAACAAUCAAAAAGAAGAACAACAAGCGCAUUUAAAGUCACCGCCAAUUCAAACAGCAUCAUUAGAAGAUAUACAAAAAGAAGUCGAUCGUGUUCGACAAAUGAAAUACGGUCGUGUAUUUCCAUCACCAUCUCCAGAUAAUCAUUAUUCACCCUCCGCACUAUGUUCUCGUGUUACAUUUAAUCCAUUUUCACCUACAACAUCCAAUAUUGAUCUUUCUUCGAUAACUCAAUCGUUUCAAUUUUCUGAUCGUUCUUCUCAUCAACAAAUUUCAACACUUCCCUUUACUUCUACAUUCAUUACAAGUAUCCCAGAGUCAACAUUAAAAGAAUCUGAUGAAACUCAUUUUAUGCCAAUUAAACAAACAUCUGAUAAUAAAAUUCGUAAAUCUCCAUCAUCUUUAUCUCUCAUCGAAGAUCAUGAAGUAUUUGAUACGUUUAUGUUAUCACCGAAACCGGUUUUAAAACUACCCGGUGUAGCUGUUCGUACUGUACAACCUUUUAGAUUAAGUAAAAAUAUAUCAAAUUCAGAAUCAGAUUUAAGACAACACGAUAUUCAUGUGAAUAAUUUUGUGGGUGAUUCACAAUCGGAUAGAGAUACAACGGUCAGUUCUGGAUUAAACGAUGAUCUAUUUAUUGCAGAAUGGGACAAAGAAAGGAAUUUAUUUCAAGAUUAUAUCAAUUCGCUACGUACAGAAAUUCGCGUAUUAUUACAAGAACGUGAAGAAUAUCAGACGAAUAUUCGUCAAUUAAAGGAGAAUUUGAGUGAUCGUAAAAGAUUAAUAUCAAAUACUACUCAAAAUACCGAAGUUGAAGUACAACACAUAUCUGAGAUCAACUCACUUGAAUCAAAGAUAACAUUAUUGCAAAAAGCUCUUGAAGAAAAAAAUGCUGUUUUAGAAUUAUUACAAACUGAAUAUGAAAUGUUAAAAGAGAAAAAUGUUCAAUUACAACGGAAAAUUUCACUAUAUAGAUCGGAUAUGAAAUCACAAGUGGGAGUCAUAGAUGAAUUGAAACAAAAAAUAACAGAAUUAUGUGUAAAUUUACAAAAUAUGAUUAUAGUUAAAAAGAGACAUGAAUUGAGCAUAGAACAGUUGGAACAGGAAAUUCGACAAGUCGAUGAGGAAAAACAAAAAUUAACACAUCAUGUUUCAAGUACAUCUAACGAAAAAUAUGAGUUAGAAAAAAAAUUACAACAAGCAUAUGUUCAUAUCGCCGAACAAGGUACUCAAUUGGAAAUAUUACGUUCUGAAAAUGUUCAAAUACGUUCGCAACUAAAUGAAACUCAACGUCGUCAAUUACAAGAAAAACAGCAAAUAAUGGAUUACUUGAAACAAGUUGAAAGUGAUUUAAUUGAACGUGAACAGAUAAAAGUUAGAGAAAAUUUAUUAAAACAAGAACUAAAACAAGUGAAUGAACUGAGAAAUCAAGAUCAUGCACAAUUAAAACAAUUGCAAGAUCAAAUUCAACAAGAUAAAUUAAAAUUAGAUAAAUAUGAAAACGAAAGAGUACAGUUAUUAGACACAAUUAAAGAAAUUGAUGACAAAAGUUCAUCGGAUCAACAUGACGCAAAUCAUGAAAUCCUUUCAUUGAAAGCAAAACUCGUUGAUUUGCAAACAUCUUGUUCAUCGCUAACAGAACAAAAUUUACAAUUAGUCGCCGAUAUAAAUUUAUCUAAAGCAGAUUUGAAACAUUUUGUAAACCAUUUAAAAUCACCAUUAUCUGAAAAUGACAAAAUUCUUUUGCCAUCUGAUCCACUCCUGUCUGAGAUUUAUUAUUUAAUUGAACAUCAUGAAAAGAAUGAAAAAGAACAAAAGUCAAUCAUUGAUCAACAUCAAGCCACUAUCCAUGAAUUACAACAAAAUUUAUUAAAUAUGAAAGAACAGAAUGAAAAAGAUUUUCAACGAUUUUUGAUACAGUUUAGUUUACAACCGUCCACUUCAUCAUCGCAGAAUAGCCACAUAGAUCAAAUUAUAUCAGUCUACGAUUGGACACUAGAACAAAACCGACAAUUAAAACAAAUAGUGGACGAAAAAACAAAUCAAAUUGAACAGAUGAAUAAAGACAUCCAUCAGAAAGAGAUAAAAUUAUCAACAUCUAUCCAGCAACAAUCUUCUAAUGAUUCUUCGACUGACUAUCAAAUUAAACAACUCGAAAAUGAACUGUUAAAUAUGAAGAAGUUUCUUGAAACUGAACGUCUGCGAUAUGAAUCUGAAAUAUCAAAUACGCAAAAUUUAUUUCAAAACGAAGGAUUACGUUGUGAACAACUUCAGUCAACAUUAAAUGAACAAAAUCAUCUUAUAGCACAGCAAGAAUCAGCUCUUCACGAUUUACAACGAAAACUUUAUGAAAUUGAACAACAAAAUGAAUCAAAUUUUGAAAACUUUUUAAUGCGCUUUAAUUUACCGCAUUCUCAAGCAAAAACAUCAAAAAAUUAUAUUGAUGAUAUCAUCUCGAUCUAUGAAUCGCAAAAUAGAUUAACAAUUGAUAAGUAUGAACAAAAACUAAAUGAGAAACAAAAUUCGAUUGAUAGACUACAACAAGAAAUUGAUGAACAAAGAAAUUUAAUGAAGACAGUGAAGAAAAAUGUCCAACAGCAAGAGUCCGUAUUAUUAUCUCCUGCAAAAAUUCAUAAUAUUUCUCUCAAACAACAAUCUCCUGAUCCUUCUGUUAUGUCUGGAACAACCGAUCUAAAUAACUUUCAACAUGAACCAUUGAGUACAAAAGCGCAAUCGAAAACUGAAGACAUGCGCAUUGAAGAAUAUCAAACUGAACUGUUUAAUUUACAAAAUCUUUACAAUCACGAACAUUUACGAUCAGAACAAUUUCAAGUUUCAUACAAUGAACAAUAUCAACAAAAUGUUGAGUAUAAAUUAGAAAAUCAAGAACUUCAACAAAAAUUAUUUGAAACAGAAACUACUUUAAAACAACUUAAAGAUGAAAAUGAUAGAGACUUUCUUAGAUUCUUGGCACAUUUCAAUUUACAAUCGUACAUACCAUUAUCAGCAGAGAAAAAUAAUCAUAUUGAUGAAAUUAUAUCCAUCUGUGAGAGACAAAAUCAACAGCUAACAUAUAACUAUCAACACCAACUAAAUGAAAAACAAAAUUUAAAUGAUAGAUUAGAACAAUUAGUGGGUGAAAAAACAAGCCAGAUCGAGCUAAUGAACAAAAAUAUUCAACAGCAACAAGAGUUAAUAUUGUCAUCUCCACGUGUUCACGAUGUGUCUGUUCAACAGCAAUCUCCUUCGAAUCUUGAACAAAUUCAAAAUGAAUUAUCAACUACAAAAAGUCUCUUAGAAUCCGAGCGUGCUCAAUACCAUAAUGAACUGACAAAUAUUCAGAAUUUGUUACAAACCGAAUCUUUACGUACCACACAUCAAAAUUUGACUAUUGAAAAUUUGCAACAAAAGUUAUUAGAAACACAAACAAAUCUGAAUAAAUUGGAUGAGAAAAAUGAUAGAGAUUUUCAACGACUGUACUCAGAUUUUAAUUUACAAUUGUAUAAACAAGAUGGAGAUAAAAACAGUUAUAUUGAUGAUGUUAUAUCAAUCCACAAUUGGACACUAGAGCAAAAUCGACAAUUAAAACAACUAGUUGAUGAAAAAACAAAUCAGAUUGAACAGAUGAUUGUGAAUAUCCGACAGCAACAGUUGUCUUCACCAUCUCCGCACAUUCAUACUGUCUCUGUUCAACAACAAUCUCCUCCUAUAAAUCGUAAUGGUGAGAUUGAGAAUGAAUUGUUAAAUGCAAAAAAUUUGCUUGUGGUUGAACGUGAACAAUUUCAAACUGAUUUAUUAAAUCUUCAAAAUUUAUUAGAUACUGAACGUUUACGUAGUGAUCAGAUACAGCAAACUUACAAUACGUUAUCAAAUGCAUAUUAUGAAUUAGAACAACAAUCAAAUAAACCAGAAAUAAAUGAACUAAUUGAUUUAAAUCCAUUUUUUACAAUCUUUCAAUUUCCAUCAUUUGAUCAACAACCAUCAGCAUUAAAACGUCUUUUUGAUCAAAAUAAACAACAUCGACUUUCGUUGUCGCUUGUUCAAGAUAUUCUCACCGUAUUUGAAUGGUCAUGUGAACAAUUACAAACGAGAGUAAAAGAUAUGAACAAAGAAAAUGAACAAUUGAAAAGUACACUUGAAUUACUCGAUGAACAACAGCAGCGAAAUCGUAAAGAAUUUAACUUAAAUUUAGAAGGAAUGAUUAAAGAAAAUAAACAAUUAAAGAAUAUUUUUGAAGAAAAAGUUAAUGAAAUUCAACAAUUAAAAGAAGAAGUACAAAAAUCAAUCAUAGUCAAUCAAUCUGAACCAGCUAUUCAAAUCGCACCUCUUCAACAGCAAACUGUUCCAUCUGAUUUAACAGAAUCAGCUAAAAAUCUUCAAAAUCUUUUAGAAGUUGAACGUUAUCAAUUUGAACAAUAUAAAAAUGAAAAUCAAAUUAUUGUUGAUCAACUUCGUUUAGAAUUAGACCGUCGUCAAGUUGAAUUAGAUUCAUUUGAAUCAAAAUUUAAACUCGAAAAAGAAAAACAAAAUAUUGUCAUUGAACAAUUGAGAGAAAAAAUUGAAAUUGAUCGAAAACAAAAACGUACAACAUCUCCAACGGCAAUAACCGAUGACCUUAUGACUAACGACUUAUCUGCAUCUGGAAACGAUUUAGAAUCAAAAUUACAUGAACAACAUUUAUUGACAACAGACGUACAAACCCGACUAAUUGAAGCACAAGUAUUCAUUGAACAAUUGAAAGAAGAAUUAGCAAAAGCCGAACAACUUGUAAAACAAAUUGAAUCAUGGGAAAAUGAAGAUAGUAUUAGUAAUGUUCCCGCUGGUGAAAAAAUCAAUGACUUUUUACAAGCGUGCUGUACAAAGUUGUCGUGUUCGAAAAAUUUUGAUUCAAUAUUAAAAUCGUUAGAAUCUCAAGAUCAAUUUUUACAUGAUUGUUGUUCAAAAUUAAAUAUUGAGGAUGGAAAUAGACGUGAGAUAGUUUUGGAUAAAUUAGAUAGUUAUAAAAAAAUAUUUAAAUCUGUUGGUUUGAAAGAAGAUAACUUUGAUAUAUGGAAACAAUCGUAUGAUGAAAAAAUUCAAUUUAAACGAAAAACAAAAGAAUUUUUAAAGAAUUGUCAACAAAAAAUAUCAUCAUUAUUAACAUUUGAACAUAUAUUAGAUUAUAUUGACAAAUACAAACAAUUACAAUCAGAUUUUGAUGAGAAAGAGGCCACCAUUCAUCAACUUCAAACUGAAAAUUAUCAACUAUUAACAUUUCAAACAUCGAUAACUGAAAAAUUUGGUACAUACGAUAAUUUGUUACAAUUACUUACUGAGAAUGAUUUCUAUAAGAAUUAUGUCAACAAAAUACAAAGUGUUCAACAGGAAUCCAUAGAACAAUUGAAUAAUUUCAAUUGUUCUCUAAAUUCAGAUGCAACAGUCGAUAUUAUACUACAACAAUGGUAUCAACUCUGUUCAAUGUUAAAACAAUCCGAAAAUAAAUUAAUUGAUUUAAAUCAAUUUCUUAAUGAAAAAUGGCAACAAAAUAUUCCUGUUGAUGAGAUGAGAACAAAUUUAGACAAUUUUAUAGGUAAAAGACAUUGGUAUAAGGUUAAGGAAAUUCAAAAGUCGAUUACUUUUUGUUUUUUCGAUUUCUAUACAUGGUUGGAUAGAGCUCGUUGCGCUGAAUCCGAAUAUGUAUGA